ACGAGCGCGCUGAGGGGCGAGGAGCGGCGGCAGACGAAGGCGGCGGCGGGACGCGAAGGGAGAAAGUAGGGAGUUUCGCGGUGGCGCGUAGAGGGGAGAACGAUCGCGCGCUCGUGCGUGCGCGCUUCGGUCGUGAUCGCUCGACGCGGUCGAGGAGGUAAACAUUGUACAGUACGAUUGGCUGGCCCCGAGGCGGCGGGUUCUUCGGUUUUCCUUCCUGCCGAGAAGAAGAUGACGAGGAAGCAGUAGUCGAGGAGAUAAAGAAGAGGAUUGUUUUGAGAGAGAGACGCUCUUUUUCGAAAUCUAUCGCAAAGCCGAGUCUCUCGCAGAAAUUAUCUCGUGGAUGUCGCCGAGGAAGCGAUAACGAGCGCCCGGAUUUCGCUGGAUCGCGCGAGGGUCUAACGUGCAGCAUCUCGUCUUCGAUGUUGGCCUACUAUCAGGCGGAACCAGCGACGAUAUCGGUGCCGAGUGGCAUGAUCGGUCCGGACGCAAUAAACCCGGUCAAGAGUCUGGUGUGCAGUCCAGAUCUCACCAUGUUCGCCACACCGAGCUGCAGCGGAGAAAUCGGCGCGACGACGGCAGCGACGGAAGGCAAGUACCAGUGUCUACUUUGUCAGAAGAGCUUCGCGCAGAAGAGCGUGUACCAGAGCCACCUGCGGUCCCACGGUAAGGACGGCGAGGGCCCCUACCGAUGCAACAUCUGCGGCAAGACGUUCGCAGUGCCGGCGCGGCUCACUCGCCACUAUCGCACGCACACCGGCGAGAAGCCGUACCAGUGCGAGUACUGCAGCAAGUCGUUUUCGGUGAAGGAGAAUCUGAGCGUGCACCGACGCAUCCACACGAAGGAACGGCCGUACAAGUGCGACGUGUGCGGCCGCGCGUUCGAGCACAGCGGCAAACUGCACCGUCACAUGCGCAUCCACACUGGCGAGCGACCGCACAAGUGUACCGUGUGCUCCAAGACGUUCAUACAGAGCGGCCAGCUGGUGAUACACAUGCGCACGCACACCGGCGAGAAGCCGUACGUGUGUAAGUCCUGCAAGAAGGGCUUCACCUGCUCCAAGCAGUUGAAGGUCCAUACGCGCACCCACACCGGCGAGAAACCCUAUACCUGCGACAUCUGCCGCAAGGCCUUCGGCUAUAACCACGUGCUCAAGCUGCACCAGGUGUCGCACUACGGCGAGAAGGUGUACAAGUGUACGAUCUGCAACGAGACCUUCGGCUCCAAGAAGACGAUGGAGCUGCACAUCAAGAAGCAUCCGGACUCGUCGGUCGCCGCCGCUACCGCCGUCAUCACGGAAGCGCCCGCUGCUGGCUCGCCGAUCGAGCCGGACAUCUCCCAGGGUGGUGGCGGCGCGGCUCUGCCCACCGACGACAAGGAGAACCUGAAGACUGAAGAGCCCGAGUCGUACGUCGUUCAGCGCGACUUCGCCUACUACCUGUAUCCCAGCAGCAGAGAGCAGCAGCAGCAGUACGCACCCGGCAUGAGCUCGGCGGAGCCGGUGCUGACCGAAAUCGAUGAGAAACGCUUCCAAGCGAGCGUGAGAGUGAGCUCGCCGUUGGAGCCGCCGCACAUGUUCUUCUUCCCCGAGCCGACCUACACCGGCUUCGGUUUGGCUGCCGGCAGCGUCGGUCUCGACGCCGCCGACUGCUCGUCGUUGUUGAAUCUACCCGGUAACGACGCGCGUCGCAGAGUCGAAGCCGCGCUCGAAGCCGUCGAGGAGGAGCGUCAGCGGGAGUGCGGUAGCAUCGAUCCGCUCCUUACGCCGCCGAGCAGCAACCCCUCGUCGCCCGAUCCCCUGGAUCUGGCGGUACCUUCGCGGGAGACGCUGAUCCUACCGCCGAGGAAGCGCAGCAAGAUGAUCCUGCAAUCCAUGGAGAGCGAGAGGAGCGGCGGCGGUCUCAUCGCCGUGCAGAGACAGAGCUCCGUCAUUCAAUUCGCACGGGCCUCAUAGUUCGCUCGCGCCGCGAAUUCGCGCCUGGUAAGAGAAAGCGAAGCUUAGAUAUACGUGUGCCCCUAUCGGGCAAAACCUCGACAAAAACGCUGCUGUAUCGUCGGCGUCGUGUAUUUCGAACUAUCGAGGAGCUGGCCAGUUCUUUGACGAUCGCGUUUGCUACUUAAUGGUAAUUAAUAGUAAUUAAGACGCCGUAUUUUCCUAACGGCCGACUACACUCUCGCGGCCACCUUCUCGACCUUGUUCGAUAGCCUCUCCGCCUCCGAGGCUUUAUGUGUAGAGACCGCAGGGAGCUGCGGAUUGCGGGCGUGCUCGGCAAUGUUAAUGUCACUUACGCGUUACGAGAAUUAUAUAUUAUUUCAUUUUCAUAAAUUCAAACGAACAUGAAAAGUAAAACGGAUAGAAAUUCAAGAGGUAACGUAAUUUGAAGUAACAAAUACGGCGAGAGAGAGAGAGACAAAGUAAAAUAGUUUUAACCAUAUUAUCUCUUUCAUAUUUCUAUUCGUCUUUAUUUCGCGAGAGUCCAAACUAUUUGUUAUAAAUUUAAAUUUUAUAUACGUGUAAAUUAUUUUGUUAUUUUUAUCAUUUUUAUAUAUAUGCUGAUAAACGACAUUUUCAGCAAAGAAGGAAAAAUCUUCGGAGUUAUGUCUCUUCAACAUUACAGCGAUGCUCGCCUAAUGUUGCCUAACAGAUGCUGCAAGCAUCAUGAUUUUUUAAAGAAUGGCAAGAAUCGUCAAUUAGGUACCUAUGGCGGUCACAACUAUUUAUCCUACAGCAGCUAACACGAUUAAUAAUCGGGCAACAAUUGAAAAUAGCAAUUAAAAAUGUAUUUAGUCGGCCAACUUUUUAAGUAACAAUUACCGCUAGCUACAAAACUGCCUCGGUCAAUGAUCGACCAGCGCUAUGCAAUAAUUGACCAAUAUAUCGUAACUAAUUAAUAACAUAGAGAGAGUUGGCCAUCUAAAUAUGCAUUCUUUCACGACCGGAAAUGAUAAUUCGCGUGUUCGUGCGUAUUACCUCAUCGCCACAAGCACGCCGCGACGGAAAGCCGCAUCCCUUGCGCCAUUUUUUCGAAUAAUUUAUUCGGCCCGCUUUUGGGAUUAACUUUUGACGUGUCGUGUAUGUCCUGUGUAAUUGUAUAACUCACCGUGUCGAGAAAUCGUGUCGCUUGUGAAAGUCGAAAGAACACCCAAAUUAAUCUCUCGCCAGCCUUAAAAAGACAGUCUACCUGUGUCCGGUCAGUGGCGGUUGUCGUUCGUUGUCAUCGAGUCGGCUAAGUUGAAACGCAGAUUUUUCCAUACGAUGACUUACGGGGAUCUCUUGCUUUCAGCUUAUGGUCACACGUCUCACCCUAUACUCUCGCUGCGUCAAUUCACUGUAGGGAGAACAAAAAGAAAAAAGAAUUUUUGGAAACUGUCGAAAACUUGUCUCGUUGAAAAGUUUACCCUAGAAGAUAAGCGUGUUCUCGCACGUAUUGUGUGAUCGAAAAGUUCGCUCAACGAUGAUGUCACUGGACUCUCCCAUGUAUCAAAAGUUCGUCCGGACGGGCGAUUUUCAGGGACUCUGCGAGCCAGUUUCGCCAACGUCGGUUAACUAUAACCGCAAUUUAUUCUUGCUCCGCGUCUCUUUACAGUUUGCAAUUUCCGAUGAAGACUCGCUAAGGUCAAACUUAAUUCGGCGAAGCUGACCACGGGUUCUUAAUACCUACGGAUUUUCCUCCCGAAAGGCCAUAAUAUCUCGUAUGCGAUUAUAUAUACAUAUAUUUAUAUGUAAGUAUUAUACGUAUAUAUAUGUAUAUACGGCUUGCAUAUAACGUGCAGAAACCGAGACGAUGCGAGGAAGGAAAUUGAUGGUAUCGUCGAAAUUGUCUAUCGCUUUUGUGAGAAUUGGAGAUCGAUCGUUAUUUAGUGCGUGGAAAUUAAUGUAUAAUUAUUAAUCGGCGUAGCCAGACGAUACGGAAUUAUAUACAUACAUACAUAUAUAUAUAUAUAUAUAUAUAAGAGAAAAAAAAGACAGCAAGGAUUACAGCCUGCAUGGAAAUGAGAGCGGACAAAGGGAAAGGAAAGAAAAGUGCACCAAACAAUUCGAUAUCUCUGUGAUAAGAACUCCAUAGUACCAGAGUAUUGAGCGGAGACGAGCCCACUGCCAGUACAAGCGUAUAUGUGCACAUGCAUGCUAGUGUAAUGCGAAACUACAACGACACAUUGUAUAAUGAUGAUAAUGAUACGAUAACACACAGCGGAACUCCGUUUGCCUUAAUUAAUUUUAGAGUCCGACCGGGUGGUCAACGUUUGUGAAUUUCCCUUUUCUGACGUUUCUGCGCAAGAUCUUAAUUUUCUAAUGCGACAGUACUACCUUACUAUCUUCGAUCGUCGAGUUUUAUUACCGGAAUGUUCUUCGUAUGUAUCUCUCUUUCUCUCUCUCUCUCUCUCUCUCUCUCUCUCUCUCUCAAGUCACAAACAGCGUCAAAUCUUUUCCAUUGAAUACCAGCAAACGGAGUUUCGCCGCACGACCAUCGAAAAUACAAGAGAACACUCGUCCGCUCGUGAUGCCUGGCUACCAUAACAUGCGUGUACAUAUAUGCGUUCACACAAGUUCAAUAACAAGUAGCAUAUAACUUAUACAUCGUAUGUACAUUAUGUGCGAUUACCGCGAGAAUGCACCGCGCGGCCGAUUGCUCGUAAUACUAAAAACGGAUAUAUGUGCAAUUGUAAUUUUAAGAUCGUUCAACCCGCGAAUCAUCUUUCGAAAAUGAAAAUGUCGAAUAUUUCCAGUCUUGUCAACCAAGUGGAUCUCUUUGUUUUAAUCGCGUGCUCCCUCGCGCGUUCUUCGUUUCGAACGAGAGAGAAUAAAAGGAGAGAUAAGGUAUGGAAGCAUAUUAAAAACGAACGAGAUAGAAGUCUAAAAGAGGUUGUGAGGCACUUUCUCACUUUUUCAGAUAUCUUUUAAACGUUUCUUGAAUUCUCGUCUCGUCGGAACGUUCUCUCUGAUGAGAGAUAACAAUCGAUUUGUAAAUUCGCAUAAUGUCAUAUCGUGACGUGGAAUUUAUUCGUGAAUCAGGAUGGAAACGAAAGGUUUGCGCAAAGUUUGUUGCGAAAGAUAGGGCUCGUUAAUUAAUAAACAUUUGAUGGAUUUUAAUUAUUGUAGAAGUUCCAAAUUUCUGGCGUAGAUGGGGAACUCAAUCGAUGGUAAUUGUUAUAAUAGCAAACGUAGGCCGUGCGGUGUAAUGCGAAUAGAGUGUUAAGUAUUACAUUAACGAGACAAACGAGAAAGAGUAGCGUAACGACGUCAUUAUUGCUAAAGCAUAAUGCCUAUUAUUACGAUUACUAUUACUACACACUAUCUUAUUAUUGUCAUUAUUAAUAUUAUUAUUUACUGUUAAGCCAUGCAUGCCAGUAAGACAAGGACCGCCUUGCUCCUUGCCGGCGUGUGGAACUGAUUACACGUAAAAGUAUCACUUUUUUGUAAGGAAAGCAAAAAAGAAAAAAUAAUUCAUCGCGCAUUUCACACACAUUUCAUCGCAUCGAUAGAAUCAUUGUCCGUUGUAUCCUUUCGAACGAAAGAGAGAGAGAGAGAGAGAGAGAGAGAGAGAGAACCUACUUGUAAUAACUCCAAAUAGUACAAGGCCCCUUCUUAAUUUUAGAGCGUUGUAAAAGCUGUACGAAGAAUUUAUUAUUGUUUUUGUAUUUAUAAAAUUUAAUAUAAAUGAGAAUAAAAACUGAGUUCCAAAUGUG